AUGCUCGGGCAGCCCAAAGUCUCUCCACUGCCCUCAGACAUCGACCUGAGCGGCAAAACCGCCGUCGUCACCGGUGCCAGCGGAGGCCUCGGUCUCGAAACAGCACGUCAACUCCUCCAACUCAAAUGCUCUACCAUGGUCCUUGCCGUGCGCAAAGUUUCCAAAGGAGAAGCAUGCGCAAAGGAGCUUCGCGAAGACCCAUCUAUCGAAGCGAACCAUCCAACCAUCAAAGUUCUCCAAGUCGACGCUGAGCGUUACGAUAGCAUUCAAGCAUUCACCAAGACCUUGAAGGAAGAAGUCCCAACGGUGGAUAUCCUGAUCCUGAAUGCGGGUAUCAACCGUUUCAACUUCGAGCGCAGUCCAUCUGGGCACGAGGCAACGGUACAAGUUAAUUACCUCUCCAACGUCCUUCUCCUGGUGGAACUCCUCCCCUACCUAGAAACUAGUGCGGAAAGAUCCGGCUCCCCGACACGGGUAACCUGGAUAGGAAGCCGAAUGCACGAUCUCGGAGAGGGUCUCUCUAAGAAACCACCUACUGGACCGAUCCUCGAGUACAUGGAUUCGGCGGAGACAUUCGCCAAGUUCACUCGGUACGGAGAUAGCAAGCUUCUCUGUGCGAUGUUCGUCUUUUCUCUUGCGCCGAGACUCGAUUCGAAGAAGGUUAUUCUGAAUUUGGUUUGUCCGGGGAUGGUCAGCACGAAUCUUGAGAGUGAUCUGCCGCAGCCUCUUCGGUUCCUGGUUGUCAUUCUUAAGGUGAUGCGGGCUAGGACUGUUGAGGUUGGUGGGUGGCUGAUUCUCAAUGCGGCUCUUGUUGCUGGUGAGAAUUCGCAAGGGAAGCAUCUGGGCGAUAAGGAGAUUUUGAAGAAGUCGAAGUAUCUCCAGUCUGAGACUGGGCUGAAGGUUCAGAAGAAGUUGUGGGAUGAGACUAUGGUGGAGAUGAAGAAGCUAGCAACUUUGCCGUCGGAGUUUCAUUAA